AUGAAGACGUUAUAUACACAUUAUUUACCCGAAAUAUUCUGGCGAGCGACUCGUGAGGACUACUGCAGAGCGACGCAAAUUGUCCGCAAGGUGGAUGACGUCAUCAGCGGCGUGGUCUUCAUAUCCUUCGCUAAUAACCUCUUCUUUAUCUGCCUGCAGCUGUUCAAUACUUUAGAGGACGGCUUGAAGGGGACAGGAGAAUGCAGUAAUAAGGGGAAAAAAAUCAUCGUCUCCAAGAACGGUCCUCUAGGUGGCCAUGAAGCAGCGACAUACUUCCUCUUCUCCCUCGUUUACCUCCUGUCACGAUCAGUAGCAGUGUCCCUGAUAGCGUCACAAGUGAACAGCGCGUCUGCUGUACCGGCUCCCGUGCUGUAUGAUGUGCCUUCUCCUGUGUACUGUGUUGAGGUACAAAGGUUCUUGGAUCAGGUCAACGGUGAUAAAGUAGCACUGAGUGGUCUGCAGUUCUUCUCUGUAACCAAAGGAUUACUUUUAACUGUGGCCGGGACAAUAGUGACGUACGAACUAGUAAUGUUCCAGUUCAACUCUUCGACUCCUACGCUGAAUAUCACUGCUCCUACUGUUCUAACUCCUUCUUCAUCUUCUCUUACUACACUCUCUUCUUGA